AUGUCUGAUUGUGUUCGUGAAGCAGGGGACAGGUUUAUUUCGAUCACCCCAGCUCGUCGCAAAAAGAUCCAUGCUUCGGAGCAGGCUUUGAAGAAAAGUGAGUUUUGUUUUUAUUCCAUCUUUCACAGAUACUUUUUUUCAGAAGUAUUGAAUAGCUUCAAAACGAAAAAAAUUCGCAACAUCCCAGUUAGUAAGUUGCAUGAAAAAUUUUCAAAAAAAAAACACUGUUUCACAAUUAUUUUUCAGGUGCUGCUGAAAGAGCUCACAGAAAUCGCAUCAAAAAAGAAGCUCAAGCGGUUGCCAAAAAUGAACAAAAACCAAAAAAGAGAAACCAAUGCGCAAAAAUGCAGACUGGAGGUUCGACUUUCAAUUCUUGUGAAUAAAUCAAUAAUUUCUAAUAUUUCAGGAAAGACUCUGUCUCGGGCUCAACUGGCGUCCAGAAAAAAACAAUCUGAGAAAAAGAAAGAACAGGCAGCAAAAGAAGCUGAAAAACUGACUCGAAAAUCUGAGAAAGCAAAGGAAAGAGAAGCUAAAAGACUGGAAAAAAUUGCGAGAGAAGAAGCCGAGAGACUUGCAAGAAUUGCAAAGUUUGCUGAUGCUCCAAGGCAUGCAAUGAUCAGGAGAUCACAAAGUAAGUUGGAUUUUUGUUGAUAAAUUAUAAUAAUUGAAAAAUAAUUUUUUUUUCUAGAAGUCUGA